AAAAAAAAACUCCCAUACCGUUGCAUCGCUCUCACUUUACAGUUUUUUCUUCAAAUCCAAAACCCCACAAACAAAAACUGCGGAAAAAACAGAGCAAAAGCAAACCCCACUGAUCAAUCAAUGGGUUGUGCUUCUUCAAAACUGUUCAGAAAAGAACUCAAGCGAGAGUUAUUUUUCAACAAUGGCGGCGGAGAGUCUUUGAACCACGUUGUGUCUCUCACUUCGAGCACCUAUGGGGUUCUCAACUUGGACGAUGAGAAACCCAUCAAAGAGUGUGUCUCAGAGACCAAGAAAUUGCAGAGAUCUCCUCCUCCUCAUCCUCCUCGUUCUCGUCGUGAAGAGCCAGAGGUUAUUAAUGCUUGGGAACUCAUGGAAGGUCUUGAAGAAGAAGGAAUACCCAUUCCAAAGAAGAGCCCGAAACCCCGGGUUUUUCUUCGUGGGUUUACUGAUUUUGAUUCCAGGCUAAGUCCAGCGAAGUUCUCUGGAUCUCCUAAGAAAGCGAUGAGAUUUUCUGGGAAAGAGAAUAAAGGAAGGGUUAGUUUGUUUCGGUCUGAUUGUAGCCCUAAAAGUAUUCUGAAAAGUAAGAAUUUUUCUGAGAAUUCUUGUAAGGCGGUGUUGAAUUUCAGUUAUCCGGUGAAAGGGUCUCCGAUUGGGGCUAAGAAAGUAGAGUCUCCUGGGAGUGACUUGGGGUAUUUGUCGAGGAGGCAGAGUUAUAGUCCUCUUUUUGAUCCAGAACUCGUUGAAAAUUAUGAGAGAGAAUUGUCUGAAGAGGAAGAACAAAUCAAGAGGAUGGUUUCUCCCAAUGCAAAAUUGCGUAGAGCAAGGAAUACCCAAGUAUUGGAGUCUAGUCUUCUUCAUUCUUUUGUGAUGAAGUGCCCUCCGGGUGGUGAAAACGCGGUUGUUAUAUACACAACAACAUUGAGAGGGAUCAGGAAGACUUUUGAAGACUGCAACAAAGUCCGGUCCAUCAUUGAAUCAUAUUGUAUUCAGGUGUUGGAGAGGGAUAUAUCGAUGGAUUCGGGGCUGAAGGAGGAACUGAGGGGACUAAUGGGGACAAAGGAUGUGAGGGUUCCACUUGUGUUUGUGAAGGGAAGGUUGAUUGGUGGAGUUGAUGAGGUGGUGAAGUUGGAAGAGGAAGGGAAAUUGAGUACAUUAUUUGAUGGGAUUCCAAGGGCUCUUGGUGGAUGUGAAGGUUGUGCUGGUGUGAGAUUUGUGAUGUGCAUGAAUUGUAGUGGAAGUUGUAAGGUUUUGGAUGUGGAGCAAAAGAAGAUGGUGAGGUGUGGUGGGUGCAAUGAGAAUGGGUUGAUUCAGUGCCCUAUAUGUUGUUAAUAUUUAAUUCAACCAUAAUCUUGGGUUGAUUUGGGUAUUUUGGUUAGCCCUUGGUUCAUUAACCACCCUUUGGAUGUGAAGGAUAGCUUGAAGAUGGUCUUUUGGGUAAUGGGGUUCUAAAGUGGGUUUUAGGCCUCUUCUUUAUGCUGAUGUUUUGAUUUGGUAAUGCUUGCUUGUAUUACUGAUAUUUGCUUUUUUUUAUUUGACUGAUGUAGUUCAACAUUCUUACACUCGUGAUGAACUUUAUGGAGACUUUUUUUUAUAAGUUCUUGUAACUGAUUUUUAUAUUGAUAUUGAUUUUGGGGGUGUUUGAAUUCUA